GUUUUUCUAUUGUUUUUUUUUUUGGUAAGCAAAAUCCGGUAGGCGCCGAAAUCCGGAUAAGGGGGCGUUUCAACUAAUAAUCUUAUUUUGAAUUAUUGUGAUAUAUAUUAUUAGAUUUAAAAAAAUAUGGCAAAUUAUAGCAAAAAUGUGUUAGAUGCCCUAACAGAAACUACAUUUACGUGUUCAACGAAUGUUCCUUCUACAUCUACUAUUUGUGUUACAUCUUCUGCGGCUUCUAUGACUCUUCCAGGUGUUCAACCUUCUGCUGAGCUAACCUAUCAAGACUACCUAUUAUAUAGGUCCCAGCAUCCUGGACCCACCAGCAAUAGUUCAUUUAAGCAAUGGGUCCGGUUAGGAGGAAGGGACAAUAAUUCUUUUAAAUGGCCCUAUCAUCCUCCUAACAAUGGUGCUGGGAGCCGCAGCAGAAGGGGAGGUGGUCGAGGUCGUGGAAGUGGAGGAAGCAGAGGGAGAAGAUGGAAUGGUGGCAGCCUAGUGGUUCAUGGAGAUUGUUACAAUUAUUAGGCACCACCAUUCCUU